CCGCCGGCGAACGGCGAGCGCGUCGGGCGCUGGAGGAGCCCGGCCAGGUUAUUUUAUUGGCUGUGGAGAACCACGGACCCUUUGUGCCCUGAUGGGGGACUCGGGAUCCAGACGAUCGACUCUUGUAUCUCGGUUGCCAAUAUUCAGGAGAAGCGUUAGCCGGAGACACGACUCCCUUCCUUCCUCGCCUUCUUCUGCCAAUGCCAUUGGUGUCCACACCUCCUCCCCAUCCAGCACCAACUCCAGCUCAGGGAGCACAGGAAAGCGCCGGAGCAUUUUCCGCACUCCUUCCAUUAGCUUCCAUAACAAGAAAGGGAGUGAGCAGAAGCCUGACUCAGAGAGCCAGAAUGUUAACAUCUCAAAUGGUGCCCAGUCCUCUCUUAGCACUUUUCACAAACUCAGCUUAGACGAGCACAUAAAAAGCAGAGGAAGGCAUUCAGUUGGCUUUGGCAGCUCACGUAGCAAGAAGAUCACAAGGUCUUUGACAGACGAUUUUGAAAAGGGAAAGGAGCCCUCAGCCAAUAAGAAUGUCUUUAUCAAUUGCAUAAGCUCUGGGAAGAAUGAGGGUGACGAUUCGGGCUUUGCAGAAGAGCGAAGCCGAUACUCUGUCAAACAGUCCACACGAAAACUUCUCACUAAGUCUUUUUCAUCGCACUACAAAUUUUCCAAACCAGUUCCAGAGAGUCAGUCGGUUUCCUCUGUCCAGCAGCCCAGGUGCUUGUUGGAAGUUAAAUCCUAUGUGGAGAGCGAGCCUGUGAUGGCCAAGUCGUCUCCUCCGUGCUCGGCUGAGACGACGGAGUGCAUGGGCAGCUCCCUGCAGUCCCCGCUGCUCUCGGCUGACCUCACGGCUGCCCAGACCCCCUCGGACUUCAUCGCUCUCACCGAGGACUCUGUUUCAGAGGCUGAUGCCCUGCCCAGCAGUGGGCCUGGGGCACUGCUCGCGGAAGAUUUUGGCCACGAUGUCUCUACCUCUCAGGUCUUCUUUAAUCCUGCUGCUGCUCCUGCGAGGGAGAGAGAUACUGUGCAAAGUGCUGGCCAUUCUGCUGGUGUAUCUCCUGUGAGUCAUGCAAGCUCGUGCAGUAUGGAGUCCAGUACCUUAUUCAAAACCUCAGUUGCUCAUCAAACAAAAGUACUGUUGCAAGCCAAUGGACUGCAUAUCAGUGAUGCCAGGCACAUAGAAAAAAUUAACUCGGAAAAUGCACAUUUAGAAACCUUGACGUUAGAGCGUAGUGAAGAACCAGUGACACUCUCUCCAAAGGCACGGGGGUUGAGUGGCAGCAGAGAUGAAAGCACUCCAUCCAAGCACAUGAGAAACACAAUUCCUGUAGUGGAGUCUAACACUGUUCCAUGUUCUGAACCUCAGUCCUUUAAAAUACAACAGGGUUAUGAAUCAAACCAUUCUAAAGUUGAUGUUGCCAACAGCCUCAGUCCCUACCGGGAGGGCAGAUUUGUUGAGAAACGCCUGAGGUCCUCUUCAGAAGGCACCGCUGGGGGCAGCCGGCUGAUCAUAAAACCAAAGGAUGGAAAUGCCGAAGAGCUUAACAGCCUAAGGAAGCAGAGAGCAAGCUCGUCCUCUUCUAAAAUGAACAGCAUGGAUGUUUUGAAUAACUUGGGUUCCUGUGAGUUGGAUGAAGAUGACCUAAUGCUUGACUUGGAGUUCCUGGAAGAGCAACAUCACCAGCGUUCUGUGUGCCGAGAAGACUCAUACCAGUCAAUAGUGUCAUGUGCUGCUGUAGUACUCACCCCUGUAGAGACCACAGUGGAUACAAGGAAAAAAGAACAGAUGAUAAUGCCUGAUGUGUCCAAACAGAAUCUAUCCUUGAAGCUGUCGAAGGAGGUGGAGCAAGGAGAAGCCAGGUACCCCCGUGUCAGCCAGCUGGCUGGCAGCCCAUCUGUGGAGUGGCCUUUCCCUGGGCCGGAAGAAGGUGGGGGCAUUGAGUCUCUGCCCUUCAGACUGAUGCUCCAAGACUGCACGGCUGUCAAGACACUGCUUCUGAAAAUGAAGAGGGUUCUUCAAGAGAGUACAGAUAUGAGCCCAGCUGGCAGCACAGCCUCCCUCCCUGUCAGCCCCCUUCCUGAGGAGCCAUUGUUUUUCAAGGAUGGAAUAAAAGAUGAGUGUUCAGUGCUGAAGCUGCAGCUGAAGGAGAGAGAUGAGCUCAUAGCCCGGCUUCGUGAGGAGCUGGAAAAGGCUCAGUGCUUUCAGAAGGCUCUCAGUUCCCAAGCAGAUAAAUCCACGCAGACAGAACUCGUUGGCCAUGAUACUACAUAUCCAAUCAGAAUGGUGAGCCAAAACCUCAGCACAAGGGACAGAAAGUCAGCGCUUACUCCCACCGAGGACCCUUUUAGACACCCACCGGGCAGCCCAGCAGCAGCGUAUGAGAGCAAGAGCUGCCAGCUGUCCAAUCUGUGUCUGAGCAGCCUCCUGAAGGAGAAGGAGAUUGUGGAAGCCAUCAAGCACACCCGAGGCACGUACGAGGGCCUGGCCCCAGAGGCCACCCAGAACGGUUUGGCUGUCGCGGCCGCCAGCCCAGCCCAGCCGGCAUCCAAGGCCGACGGCUGCCCCGUGUUCCCAGGAGCUCCCAAGGACCAAAGCGCUGUGCCUCGGCAGCACAGCACCUUCACAGGGAGACUGGGACAGCCCCCCAGGGGACCCAUCUCCUUACACAUGUACAGCAGGAAGAAUGUUUUCCUCCACCACAAUCUACACACGGCAGAGCUACAGACUUUAGGUCAACAAGAUGGCUAA